UGACGGGCAACAUGGCGGCGUCCGUAAGGUUGCUCGUCCGCCGAGCAAUCCGCGUCUCUCACAGAGACAUCACCGUUUCCGCCGCCGGUGUUUGUGGUCGGUCGUUCUGCCGAUGUUUCAGCGAUGCAGCCCAAGAAAGAAGCACGCACUUCGGGUUUGAGACUGUCCCUGAGGCCGAGAAGGCGGACAGAGUGUAUAAAGUGUUUGAGAAUGUGGCACAGAAGUAUGACAUUAUGAAUGAUGCCAUGAGUCUGGGCAUUCAUCGACUGUGGAAGGACAUGCUGCUGCACGCUAUGCACCCACAGCCCGGUGCUCGGCUCCUAGAUGUGGCAGGUGGAACAGGUGACAUUGCUUUCCGUUUCCUGGAGUAUGUCAGCUCUCAGCAGGAGCGGCAACAGCGGCGGGGGGCGCGCUCCAGCCAGACGCUGUCAUGGCACGACAUUUCCAACAACUACUCCACCGUGGAGGCGGACAGGCCCCGCGAAUCAACAGCUGUGGUCUGUGAUAUCAACAAGGAGAUGCUGAAAGUGGGAAAGCAGAAAGCUGACAGCAUGGGCAUCACUGCUGGCCUGUCAUGGGUGGUUGGAGAUGCAGAGGAGCUGCCCUUUGAUGAUGACCAGUUUGAUAUUUACACCGUUGCCUUUGGCAUUCGAAACGUCACUCACAUAGAUCAGGCACUGCAGGAGGCUCUGAGGGUCCUAAAACCUGGUGGCAGGUUUAUGUGCCUUGAGUUCAGCAAAGUGACAAAUCCCCUUUUGGCAAGGCUUUAUGAUGUAUACAGUUUCCAGGUGAUCCCAGUGUUGGGAGAGGUUAUUGCUGGAGACUGGAAAUCUUAUCAGUAUUUAGUAGAGAGCAUCCGCAGGUUCCCUGACCAGGAGGAGUUCAAAUCCAUGAUUGAAGAUGCAGGUUUCUACUGCGUGCGGUACUCCAACCUCACAGGUGGAGUGGUGGCUCUUCACUCCGGCUUCAAGCUGUGAGAAGACGUCGAGCUUCAGAGCUGCUUCCACAGGGCAGGACGAGCAGAAGUCAGAGGAAUGAUCCUGAACGCUGCACUGACGCAUCCUCACUUUAUCUGUUCUAUUUUGUAAUAUUUGUUUUUGAUAAUGUGUUUUGAUGAUAAAUAAACCUACAGAAGCAUCUGAA